UCGACGAGCUCGCCGUUUCAUUUAUUGUCUGGACUCACGGAGGACGAGCACUUCCAGAGUUCUUCGACCAUCAUCCAAAACCCAUGAGAUCUUCUUCUUCCAUUUGAGGCGCGCAAUAAGCUUCCAGUGCUGUUACAUGUGAGCUCUCUCUGCGGGUGCCAUCAUCGUCUUUCAUGUGACCUUCCCUCUUAGGGUUUUGCGUGGACACAUACCCUCGCCUGUGAUCUGCUUCAAUACAGAUAUCCUUUUGGGCUCGUGAAUAUUUAAACAUGGCCUGAGCCUUCCGUCUGGUGGAAUGGUCUCGGUAAGUGACUGACGGAGAGGCUCACAAUUCUUCUGGUCUUGAUAUUACUGUCAAGGGAGAGAGAUUCGAGAGAGAGAGAAGAGGAGUAAAAAAUACUACAGAUUUGCGAAAGGAAUGAAGGGUUCUGCGCUUGUUGCUGCUUCGCUCCUCAUUCUUCUCCUUCUUGUUGUUCCUCAUUCUACCGUCUCCGCGAGGCACAUCAGCCGACCGAGCUCGAGUAUGAGACUCUCUCUUUGUCAUAUACUCUUAAGUUUUUCAAGGAUAAGAUUAUGUUGUAGACUGAUUUUACAGAAGUAUUUGAUGAGAGUUUCUUCCCGUUUCGAAGAUCACGGACACCGACACUCAACCCGGCCUAAGGCGAAGGUCGAGCACGUGGCGAACCCGAACUUCUACUGGGAAAGGAGACUGUCGAUGAGGCCAGGUAGGGCAGACACGGUCCGGAUCGCCGGGUCGAGCUUGCCGGACUGUUCGCACGCCUGUGGCUCGUGCUCGCCAUGCAGGCUGGUCAUGGUCAGCUUCGUGUGUGCAUCAGUUCAGGAGGCGGAGACAUGCCCCAUGGCUUACAAGUGCAUGUGCAACAAGAAGUCUUACCCUGUCCCAUGAUCUUUUUAAUCGACCAACAUCACCAACGCUUGUUCCCUUGUUCCUAAGACACUGUAACAUAAAUGAUCCUGGCACAAUGACAUUUUCUUUGGGCACCUUUUU